UUCCCCUUCCCUUCCCCCCUGCGAGAGGCGUCCGGGGCGCGGCUCCGGAGGGAAAGAGCAGGUCCCAGCCCCACGCCCUCGGCCCCGCUCCCCGCGACGCGGCCGGCCGCGGCCGCCACACCCGGGUGCCCGUCAUCCUUCCCCGCGGCCCCUGGCCCGGCUGCCGGGGCCUCCCCGCCGUGGGCCUCGGGCUGUCCCUCGUUGUCCUUCGCCCACUGGCGCGGGCGGGGCUUUUGCCCCCACUGACGGGCCUGAGAACGAGGGUUUCCCCCUCCUCUCCCCGCCGCGAUCUCCAUGCCCGCUGCCCGAACAAACUGAGUCCCCCUGCCCCUCCGCGGCAGCUCGGUGACGCAGCCCGUUUUCUCUCUGUUGUGAGCCUAACGGCUGAAACUCGCUUUGGGCCUUCUCUCUGGGACUAGAAUUGGUCUUUGAGUGCUGAGAGGUAGACGGGGCGCCGGGCGUGAGCACAGCCCCACCGGAAGCCGGCCGAGCCUCCGUUUGCCUUCGCAGGAUCCCUGCGCCGUCGCGAGCCGCUUCUCGCCUCUGGGUUUAGCUUGGUUUGAGUGCCUGGGGCCCUGGGAAAACCAGACGCGGGAUCUUUCUUUCACAGCCGGAGUUACUGUCAUUUGCCUCCCAUCGCCGCUCAGAGGAUGGUGGGCAGCAGCAGCCGCUUGGCAGCUGGGAGUCAGACAGGGGCGCCCUGAAAAACGCCUCCAUCAGCGGUUGUGCUCCUCGGAGAGGCUCUCAGUGCUGAGUCACCGUGUCCAUCCACCUCGGUUAGGUGGGCAGAACUUGCCUGCGCCAUGCCAGUGGCUCCUGACCGCUCCUGACGGGGAGGGGCGAUCCUAGCCAGCUGUUGCCUUGACUCUCAGGAGUAGAGAGUAGCGGCCCUGACCCCAUCUCUGUGCCAGUCUUCAGCAGCCAGCCAGCAGCCCCUUCAGGAAAUUGAGUGAGAAACGUGCCCCAGCCAGGCGCUCUUGGGGAAAAGCCUGUGGAGUUAGGUUCCUCCAGAGUUGGGGGCUCUUGUUUUGAUGGAGCCGGUGCUUUUCCCCCCAGCCUUCUCUUUAUCAGUUGCUGCUGUCUUCUGAUUGAGAUCCAGUCUGCAGAUAUACGUAGUCCUUCUUUGGGGGUUAGGAUUGGGUUUUGUUUCGUCCCCUUUCUAUUGGAAGACAGACCAUAAUCCCCUUAGUGGAUAAAAUUGAUUCUAAUGUUUAUUACCAUUUGGGCUGAAGGUUACAUCCGGUACCUUGACAAAGAGACCUUUCCUGGGGAUGCUAGGCCUGGAAGCAAACACGCCUUGUUGUCUUCUUGACCUCAUUGACCCCAGGUUCCCUAGUUAAAAUUGUGGGCCCACUACCCGCCUGGUGCCCAAUAACCACCGCCAUGCGACUGAGCUCCCUACUGGCUCUGCUGCGACCAGCACUGCCCCUUAUCCUAGGGCUGUCACUGGGGUGCAGCCUGAGCCUCUUGCGGGUUUCCUGGAUCCAGGGGGAGGGAGAAGACCCCUGUGUUGAGGCUGUGGGGGAACCAGGAGGGCCCCAGCAUCCAGACUCAAGAACUCAGCUCGACCAAAGUGAUGAAGACUUCAAACCCCGGAUUGUCCCCUAUUACAGGGAUCCCAACAAGCCGUACAAGAAGGUGCUCAGGACUCGGUACAUCCAGACGGAGCUGGGCUCUCGGGAGCGGUUGCUCGUGGCUGUCCUGACUUCUCGGGCUACGCUGUCCACUCUGGCUGUGGCUGUGAACCGCACGGUGGCCCACCACUUCCCCCGGUUACUCUACUUCACGGGGCAGCGAGGGGCCCGCCCCCCGGCGGGGAUGCAGGUGGUGUCUCAUGGGGACGAGCGGCCAGCCUGGCUCAUGUCCGAGACCCUGCGCCACCUUCACACGCACUUCGGGGCCGACUACGACUGGUUCUUCAUCAUGCAGGACGACACGUAUGUGCAGGCCCCCCGCCUGGCAGCCCUUGCCGGCCACCUCAGUAUCAACCAAGACCUGUACUUGGGCCGGACGGAGGAGUUCAUCGGCGCGGGCGAGCAGGCCCGGUACUGCCACGGGGGCUUUGGCUACUUGUUGUCACGGAGCCUCCUGCUUCGAUUGCGGCCACACCUGGACGGCUGCCGAGGAGACAUUCUCAGCGCCCGUCCCGACGAGUGGCUCGGCCGCUGCCUCAUUGACUCUCUGGGCAUCGGUUGUGUCUCACAGCACCAGGGACAACAGUAUCGCUCGUUUGAACUGGCCAAAAAUAGGGAUCCCGAGAAGGAGGGGAGCGCGGCUUUCCUGAGUGCUUUCGCGGUGCACCCCGUCUCCGAGGGAACCCUCAUGUACCGGCUCCACAAACGCUUCAGUGCUCUGGAGCUGGAGCGGGCGUACAGUGAGAUAGAGCAGCUGCAGGCUCAGAUCCGGAACCUGACCGUGCUGACCCCGGAGGGGGAGGCGGGGCUGAGCUGGCCCAUCGGGCUCCCGGCCCCGUUCACGCCGCGCUCUCGGUUUGAGGUGCUGGGCUGGGACUACUUCACGGAGCAGCACACCUUCUCCUGUGCAGACGGGGCACCCAAGUGCCCACUGCAAGGGGCUAGCAGGGCGGACGUGGGUGACGCCGUGGAGACGGCUUUGGAGCAGCUGAAUCGGCGCUACCAGCCCCGCCUGCGCUUCCAGAAGCAGCGGCUGCUCAACGGCUACCGGCGCUUCGACCCAGCGCGGGGCAUGGAGUACACCCUGGACCUGCUGCUGGAGGCCGUGACGCAGCGCGGGCACCGGCGGGCGCUGGCCCGCAGGGUCAGCCUGCUGCGGCCCCUGAGCCGGGUGGAAAUCCUCCCUAUGCCCUACGUCACCGAGGCCACCCGUGUGCAGCUGGUGCUGCCACUGCUGGUGGCCGAAGCCACGGCGGCCCCCGCCUUCCUCGAGGCCUUUGCGGCCAGUGUCCUGGAGCCCCGAGAGCACGCACUGCUCACCCUGCUGCUGGUCUACGGGCCGCGGGAAGGUGGCCGAGGGGCCCCGGACCCGUUUCUUGGGGUGAAGGCUGCGGCGGCUGAGUUAGAACGACGGUACCCCGGGACAAGGCUGGCCUGGCUCGCCGUGCGGGCGGAGGCCCCCUCCCAGGUGCGGCUCAUGGACGUGGUCUCCAAGAAGCACCCCGUGGACACGCUCUUCUUCCUCACCACCGUGUGGACCAGGCCCGGGCCCGAGGUCCUCAACCGCUGCCGCAUGAAUGCCAUCUCUGGCUGGCAGGCCUUCUUCCCGGUCCACUUCCAGGAGUUCAACCCCGCCCUGGCACCACAGAGAUCUCCCCCCGGGCCCCCGGGCGCUGGCCCUGACCCCCCGUCCCCUCCGGGCGCUGACCCUUCGCGGGGGGCUCCCGUAGGGGGCAGGUUUGACCGACAGGCCUCGGCAGAGGGCUGCUUCUACAAUGCUGACUACCUGGCGGCCCGGGCCCGGCUGGCUGGUGAACUGGCAGGCCAGGAAGAGGAGGAAGCCCUGGAGGGGCUGGAGGUGAUGGAUGUUUUCCUCCGGUUCUCAGGGCUCCACCUUUUCCGGGCCGUGGAGCCAGGGCUGGUGCAGAAGUUCUCCCUGCGUGACUGCAGCCCUCGGCUCAGCGAGGAACUCUACCACCGCUGCCGCCUCAGCAACCUGGAGGGGCUGGGGGGGCGCGCCCAGCUCGCCAUGGCUCUGUUUGAGCAGGAGCAGGCCAACAGCACCUAGUCCACCCCGGGGCCCCGCCACCGCCAGCCACCUAGUUCCCUUUCCGGCCUCAGCCCCCGGGAAGGCCAGGCGAGAUGGACGGACAGAUGGAGAGCUUGUUGCUGUAUUUUUUUAAUAAGAAAAUGUUAUUAAAAGUGUCUUCUGCCAAACCGUU